GGGAAGAAGAGCGGGUACCGUGGCGAGGGGAUCUGAAGGAGGGGACCUCGCCUGUCUGCUGUGUGCGGCUGCCGCGGGUGCUGGAGGAGGGCUGCACUUACCUGGCCGGCGGAGCCCCGUCGGGGCGCGCGAGAUCGUGGUCGUGUAGGCGAGUGUUCCGUGGCAGCGGGGCCGUCCGGGAUGUGCCCUUUCCUCCGUUAGACUGCCGAAGGGGUUUUAUUUGCACUGGAAUGGCUUUGAAGGAGUGAAUGCAUUUAUUGAUAGCAGAGCUGUUCGGAUUUCCCAGGGCUGCUUUGAUAAUGUGUCCCCUCCCCCACAUCCCCCAUGGACCCGCAAUCGCAGGCGAAUACAAGAGAAGUAAUGCGAAGUUAUAGCAUAGCUGGGGGAACGGUCCCAUUUCCUGCGUUUGGGUGCAUGUGAGAGGUGUAGUAAAAAACUUUUGGCUGAUGACUGCAGAGCAGGAAAAACGCUUUGAAGCACAAAGGGUCUGCGAAGCCUUCCUCGCCUAUAGCUCUCACUGGGUCUUACAUGAUCUAACCCAGUUUUCUCAACAACUUGCCAAAUUUACAGCGGAAAAAAAGACGCUGAGGGUAGAGGAACUUAAACUACGAGCCCGCUCAGUUCCCCCCUGCGCUUGGCACUCGCCGCUGCCUCUCGUGUCUCGGAGCAUGCGAUGAACAAGACUUGUCAAGUGAGGCACCCGUCAGGAAUGCUGGCGCAGCCCCCUCCAAUUCGGCCAUGUGCGUUGCACAUUGCACGCACAUGUACGCGAUGGGAGCCUCCGCGGCCGACCCGGCCGGUUAUUGUGUGUGUAUGUGACCCCCGCCCCAGCACAAUCACCGGCCGUGCGGGUGGCAGUGAGCGGGACAGACACUCUCACAUGCACCCCAUCGGCUGGGCUGGAGGGGGUGGGGUGUGUGGCAGCGCUCUGCGGAAACAGCUUGUGUUCACAGGGUCUCGGACCAGACCACGGAUGUGGGGCUCAGCCGGGUCAGGGGAUGAGGUCAGAAGCGCUCCCAGGGACGCGCUGAGAACAGGCAGCUCGUUUGCCCCACACCCGCCCCGAGCUUGCACUGGGGUCCCCCGCUCGCUGCCGUACGGCUUUAAAAUCCAGCCCAGGCUGCAAUAGGUCGGCUGUGGGCGCAUGCGCCGCCGAGAAAGUUUUUCAGCUGCCGUUGGCUCGCCGAACUCUUUUUUUCCCCCCUCUUUUUCUUUUUCUUUCUUUUUUUUUUUUUUAAACCGUUUAAAGCAGCGGGGUGAAGAGGAGCGAGGGAGAGACACGGGGGGAACUGGGCCAGCUGCAGCGGGUGGGGGGACACAGCCUCGAGGAGGAGGAAGGGUCGGCUGCAGCGCGACGCCGUCUGCUCCACUCGCUCUCUCGCGCGUAACUUGCUCCACGCGCUGGGUGCUUUUGCCAGCGAUGGAUUGGGGGAGCCGCAGCUCCUGAAGCCCCGGACUUCUCCCCUGCCCCUGCCCUUACUCGCUUUGCAGGAUCAAGCGUCCCGUAAGACAGAUACACGCGUGCACAAGGUCCCCCCUCCCCCUUUCCCGGUUGUGUAGAAACUUCUUUUUUCUGUUGAGCUUUUUCUCCUCUGUAAAAUGGAGGGAGCCAACCCCAGGAUGGGUCUGCAGCCGCGGACGCCCGGUUCCGCACCGCCCAGCCUUUAAGCUAACGUGAAGGGGGGCGGGCAGGGGGGAACCCUGCGCUCGCUCGGCUCCACUCGUCCCCCUCGCCCUGUUCGCGCCGAGCCGCGGAGGGGGCGCUUCAGCGCCCGAGCGCUGCCGGGGGCCGGGUGGGCGCGCGGGUAGCCCCGCGGCGGCACCACCUGGGCUGCUGGGACGGAUCGUCGCCCGCGGCGCUUUCGCUGCCGCUUGUGAAGAUUUUUAUUUGCUUCCGCACAAUCACGCCCACGGGCGCUGUGUGCGUGUGUUGGGUUGGCUUUUUUUUCCUCUCUCUUUUUUUUUGGAUUUUUUUUUUCCUCCCCCCCUUUCUUCUUCUGGUGGUGGAAAGCCCUAAUUACUGCGAUUGCUGAUGGACCUUGGAAAGAAGGCUGCACUGGUACCCCGCUCCGCAGUCGGACACGCUCAGCCUGCACCGGACAGAGCGACAGCUCGUUCACCGCCCCCCGCCAGCUCCGCGGGCCCCUGCUCUAUCCCGGCAGCCGCCGCCGUCCGCUGCUUGCGAGGAUACUGCCCGGUUCCUGCGAGCCAGGAUUUUACUUUCGCCUCGCCCUUUCGUCUCCUGUUCUGCUUGGAUUACUUGGCUGCUCUCGGUCGCUGAUCCCGCGGCAAUGGAGAAAUCCACCGCAGUUUUAAUCCAAGGAGGUGCUUUGGGGACAGUUGGCAGUACAAUGGCUUCUCAGUACCUCGUAGUGGCUCUGGCCAUUUUCUCCUCUUUUACCCAGGUUGUAAUAGAAGCCAGCUCUUGGUGGUCUUUAGGGAUGAACCCUAUGAACCCCAUGAACCCUGUUCAGAUGUCAGAAGUAUAUAUAAUAGGAGCCCAGCCACUAUGUAGCCAGCUAGCAGGGCUUUCCCAAGGACAGAAGAAACUCUGCCAAUUGUAUCAGGACCAUAUGCAGUUCAUUGGAGAGGGUGCAAAGACGGGCAUUAAGGAGUGCCAGUAUCAGUUCAGACACAGAAGAUGGAAUUGCAGCACUGUGGACAACAACUCUGUUUUUGGCAGAGUCAUGCAGAUAGGGAGCCGAGAGACAGCGUUCACCUAUGCGGUAAGCGCAGCUGGGGUGGUCAACGCCAUGAGCCGUGCCUGCCGGGAGGGUGAGCUCUCCUCUUGUGGCUGCAGCCGAGCUGCACGGCCCAAGGACUUGCCCCGGGACUGGCUUUGGGGCGGAUGCGGGGAUAACAUCGAAUAUGGAUACCGCUUCGCCAAGGAGUUCGUUGAUGCCCGGGAGCGUGAGAGAGUUUACCAGCGAGGCUCCUACGAGAGCGCCCGCAUCAUGAUGAACCUGCAUAACAACGAGGCUGGGAGAAGAACCGUCUACAACCUGGCUGAUGUGGCCUGUAAGUGCCAUGGUGUCUCUGGUUCCUGUAGCCUGAAGACUUGUUGGCUGCAGCUUGCUGAUUUCCGCAAGGUAGGCGAUGCCCUGAAGGAGAAAUAUGAUAGUGCUGCUGCCAUGAAACUCAACAGUCGGGGCAAGCUGGUGCAAGUGAACAGCCGCUUCAACGCACCCACUAUCCAUGACCUGGUCUACAUCGAUCCCAGCCCUGACUACUGUGUGCGCAACGAGAGCACUGGGUCCCUGGGCACCCAGGGCCGCCUUUGCAAUAAGACCUCGGAGGGCAUGGAUGGCUGUGAACUCAUGUGCUGUGGCCGAGGGUACGACCAGUUCAAGACAGUGCAGCGAGAGCGCUGCCACUGCAAGUUCCACUGGUGCUGCUACGUGAAAUGCAAGCUGUGCACAGAGAUCGUGGACCAAUUUGUAUGCAAAUAGGGAAUGGAUGAGGUGGGAGGAACUGCAGUCACCUGCCAGCAAGGAGUGCAGGCCCUUCUCCUUUUCCACAGGACAAUCUCCACUUUAUUUAUAGAGUUCAACGAGUUGUUGUCUUCUUAAAAAAAAACCACAACCAAAAACAAACAAACAAUAAAAGAAACAAAAAAGAAAAAGAGCAGAGUAAGGAAAGAAAAAAAAAAAAAGAAGAAGAAGAUGAAGAAAAAUAUAAAGAUUGCAAAGAAGUGCCUGGAAACGCUGUCUGCAUCCAUCCCAGAACUCUGUGCGUCUUUUAUUUUUGGCAAUAAUGGGGAAGAACCUGAGAAUAUUUAUUUUACAAAGUAAAAAAGUAAAUUGACUUUUCUUAAAAACAAUAGAGUAGUUUGAGGGGAAAAAUCCAACCUAUCGUAAUUUAGUCCCUAGGGACGUAAUACAUGUGCAGUAGGCAAAGCAAACCAUGUAAUGUGCUUGGGAUGUUGGAACACUCUUUAAUGGAGGCGAGGAACACACAGGUCUGUCCAUAACUUUUAGUUUCAGACACUAGAAGUUAAUAGAAUAGGGCAUAUAAAGCUGUUCAGUACAUUUAGGGCUCUGUAAUUAAGGGGUAUAUUCAUCACAAAGUGCAUUGUCAGUUGCAUACCUGAAUGUGCCUGCUUAAGUAUGCGAUGCCAUCAGAGGGUAAAGAGCAAAGGGUCAUAAAGGCUUCAACUCUGCUAUUCUUGAGUCACCUUGUCUGGUUCCAGAACUUAACAAGACCACAAAAACACCCCAAAAUCCCAAAUCAACACCUCCCCCCCCCAAAAAAAAAAAAAAAAGCAAACAAAAAUCUAUCUUGUUGAAUAAUAUUCUUCAAGGCAGCAUUUUCCCUAUUAGCUAGUUGUGGAGUUUGAGUAUCUUGUCUGACAGCAAUGCUUCACUGUUGCUGGGUGUGGAGAGCUAUGAGGUGCAGACUGUGUGGAGCACUGUAGCUGGGUGGAUGAGAGCUGAAACGUUUGUACAGUUUUGGUCUCCCAUCCUGGAAAGCUCACAGAAAAUAGAAUUCCCCACAUUUGAAAAUGCCUUAAAAAUAGUGUAAUUGCUGGCUGUCUUUCAAAACACAGCUUGACAAAUAACUCCUCUUAAUUUUAUGUGAGAAAAUAAAUCAUUAGAUAUCCAUUCUUGGAAUGAUUGAUUCUUAUUUUUUUUUUUUUCAGAUUUUGGGAACGCUCUCAUUCAAGGAGACAAUAGUUUCAUAUUUUAAUAACAUUAGCUGGCUAUUAUAGUUCAAUGAAAUGUUGCAGCAAUACCAAAUUUAUCAUCCUAUGUCUUUAAUACACAUGCUUUAGAUAAUAUAUUGCAGAUAUACACUACAACUGUUCAGACUAUACUUGAGCAGUUACAUUUAUAUGGGAGAACUGUGGUCUGCUGGUGUCUGAUAUUUCAAAGCUUUUUGUACAUACAUAUUUUAAUGAUUUAAGAAAUAAUAAAACGUCUAAAUUACAGGGGCAGGUCAUGCCCCAUUUUCUUUUUCAGUUUUCUUCAGGUUUUUAGAUUGAUUCUAAACUUCUGGUGUUUGGUUUUGGUUUUUUGUUUUGUUCUUUUGGGGUUUUGUUUUGGUUUUAAUUUUAUUAUUAUUUGCUUUGUUUAUUUGUUUCGUUUGUUGGUUUGUUCUAAGGAUAAUCACAUAGAAGCAAGCCUCUUCCCAGCGUUAGGACUUCUCGAGUGGUAGGUGGAGGCAGUGCCCUGCACUUGAUACUGAUCUGGAGAUUGCUUCUAUUCCGCUCUUCCAUUAAGGGCAUUAUUGAUUAUUGCUGAAAGGAGACACCUUCCAACUCUAAAACAUGCUGCAUUUGGCCCUUGCUUUCCAGUUUUAUGAAAUGGAAAUGGUUGUUAUUGAACAGUAUGCAUUCCCUCUCAUGCUGUGUAGUUACACAGGAUUUCAUCAUUGGUUCAGAUGCUUCUUUACAACUCAGCCCCACCCAGCAAGUCAAAAGAAAAUGAAUGGUCUUUCAAAUAACCAAGUGAGGAAAAUCUUUCACUUUAGCCUAGUUGUACUAAAGCCUUAACUUUUCACGAGCCUUUAAGCUGUAUCAUUAAGUUCAUCUCCAUCAUUUGUCAGCUUCUUAAGUGGCGCUUUAUUGCUCUUAAUUUAUUGUACAAGGACAUAUUUACCCCUCAUCUUCAGAUGUUUGCAAAGAAUACCUUUAAGAUAAAUAAAUAAAGCACUAACUCAUCGAAUAUGUCACUUUGGUUUUUAUUGUACAAAAACCAUGGUUGUGUUUUUUUCCACUUGCUGAAUCGCCUCAUGUUGCUUUUUUUUAGUGACUUUUGUCUAAGCAAAAUCUGAAUCUCAUGAUCCUAGCUUUUAAAACACUAUUUAAUGUAAAAUAUUUUUCUUGUCAUUCAGAUAUGUAAAUCUUCUAUGUCUUUUUCCUCUGUUCUGUACAUUUAAUGUACAUAUUUCUGUCUUGCGUGAUUUGUAUAUUUCACUGGUUUAAAAAGGAAAAAAAAAGAAAGGAUUAUGCCAUAAUGGAAGAUAGACUAUAAAAAAAAUAAAACUUUGGUUGUA